AUGCUUCGGCAUACGAAAUUACUUUCCUUUGAAUCGGUAUUCAUCGAUGACAAGGACGAUGUUGCCUUCUCUAGAUCGAGUACUGAACUGAUAGAAAUACCUGGACUUAAUGAAGGCCCUGUCACUGAUCUCAACCUGGCAGACUCACUUGGUUUCGUUUCUGCUGGAGAGGAGCGUGAACGAGCCCGUCAAAGGCAGACAAAGACUAUACCUAAGGAUUUCAUUGCUAAUUGGGCUAGUACUCGAGUGGCAGCGAUGCCCGGUCUCAUGAUGAACUCUUCUGCUGCGACUGGAUCAGGCGGCGGUGGUCCUCAGUUGGCUGGUCCAAACAGUGUUAGCACGGAUGUAGCAAUGGCGAUGAUGGCCGCAGCAGCUGCUGCAGCAGCCGCAGCGGCCUCUGUGAGCCAUUUGCCUCCACGUUAUCCUCGUUCUUCAGGGGGGCCAAGUCACUCCCAACCUCCGGUCUCCCCUCCAACCCAUCAACAGCAUCCUAGCCAUUCUCAUCCUACUCUUUCAACCUCUUUACCCAUACCUUCUUCACAGACCACUCCCUCAAAGCUACCUCCGUCCUCUGGACACUCACCCCAAGCCCCCGCGCCUGCAACUAUUCAACCUCCAUCUCCUGCCCAACCUUCGCAGCCUCCACAGCCUGUCGGUUAUCGAGAUCGACUACCGGAGCCGCCACCUGAUCGUGGGUUUCGCGAAAAACAACUUCCCUUAGUACCAGAAUUCUUACACCAAGAAAGACGUGAAGAAGGUUUUCCUCUUCGACGUCCUGACGAGCGUGAACACGAUUUCUAUAAUGGGGCUGAUGCAGAUUAUCGAAAUCAACGCCCACUUCCCGAAUAUCCACCUCAGAACCGUCGACAUCCCGGCCCUCCACCUCCUUUUCGUGAUGACUGGGAAUCCUCUGGUCGAUUUGAAGACGUUCGUUCUCGACCUUACCCCCCCGAACUCCGAGAAACUUAUCGAAAUUCGACAGAUCGUGAUGAACGCUAUCAUCCUUUUUCGGAUGAGGAUUGGCGAGAUCGCUGGCGAAAUGGAGAUGCUCCUCGGCCCCCAAGGCCCCAUCAUGAUUCAGGGUAUUCACGUAGUGGUCCCCCGCCUGAACCGCCUUAUCGGCAACAGGGACCUCCACCACCAAGUCACUCUCAUCCUCAAAUACAUUUCCGUAACGAUACUUCUCCUCUCUCAGGACCUCCACCGCCGCCAAGUUCAUCUGUUAGCCAUUCACGUCACUUUGGCCACUUUCCACCAGAGCCCCACGGCCCUGGGGGUGGGGGUCUACCACCUGGGUUUUCCGGUCCUGGCCCUCAGAAGCGCCCUCUUCCUCCGGACCAUCAUCCGAAUAAAUUCCAACGCAAUGCACCUGGUGCCCCAGGUCCACGUUGGUCUGAUAGUGAUUGGUAG